AACCUGGUUUUUAUAUAAACCCAACGGCUAUGGCACCGUUCUCUUCUUCUGCUUCCUCCACUCUUAUCGGCGAUAAUUUCAUCGGUUCAGAUAAACCUCUGCGACAAUAUCGUGCAACUAAAUCCAUCUCUGGAAAAAAUAGUCCGAAAUAAUCGCCAGUCUCAAUUCCUCACCAACUGAUCCUUUAAUCUCUCAUUCACUGCAACUCUCCCCUUUGAUUCUUUCCCUCCGGCGAAGAAUCCCGACUUUCCUGAUAAUUUCCGUUAUGCCCCUGUCUCGUACAGGCUUUCUUUUGAAAGCCAGGAGCCCCAAGAACAUCUGAUGGUCCUUUGAUUGACGUUGAUCGGAAGACAUUUUCCGGUUGGAAGAAAUGUCUGCUGCUGGUGUCGCAUUGAGUCCGGUUCGCCCUGAAUCGGUGCCCUCAUCCGGUUGUGGGAAUAUUAAAUCGAUUCUUAUAUACAUUUCCGUCGCCGGUUCUGUGAUUCCGAUGAGGAUUUUGGAGUCCGAUUCGAUAGCGUCAGUGAAGGUAAGGAUCCAUACUUGUAAAGGGUUUGUGGUGAAGAAGCAGAAGCUGGUCUUCAGAGGCAGAGAGCUGGCACGGAACGAUUCGUUAGUCAAGGAUUAUGGUGUUUCCGGAGGCACUGUUCUUCACCUGGUCUUGAAACUAUCCGAUCUGCUGUUGAUUACCGUGAGGACCGUCUGUGGCAAGGAAUUCGAGCUCCAGGUUGAUCGAUACCGGAAUGUCAAGUACUUGAAGCAAAGAAUAGCGAAAGAGGGAAAAGGGUUUGUUGACGUUGAGCAUCAGGAGAUCUUCUGCGAUGGUGAAAGACUUGAUGAUGAUGCUGACCAGAGAACCAUCGCUGAUAUCCUUAAAGACGGUGAUGCUGUGAUUCAUUUGUUGGCUCAAAAAUCGGCCAAAGUUAGGGAAAAAACUGUUGAGAAGGACUUUGAGCUCUCCGUUGUGGCUGAAAAUUCAAAUGAAAAGGAAGAGGAUCAGCCCAAGAAGGAGCUUCAAGUUCUGACUCCAUAUCCGAACCCUACUUUGAAUCCUAGAUUGAGGGAUUUCUGGUUGGAACCAGUAAUUGUUAAUCCAAAGCUGGAAUUGGAUUCAUUGAUAUGGGAUAUGAUCAAUUCAACCUUUGAUGGACUGGAGAAGGGAAAUACACCAAUCAGGUCAUCAGAAGGAACAGGAGGGACUUAUUUGAUGCAAGAUUCAAUGGGAGAGAACUAUGUUUCCGUUUUCAAGCCAAUUGAUGAGGAGCCUAAUGCCUUGAACAACCCUCACGAUCUGCCAGUUUCGUCUGAUGGUGAAGGGUUGAAGAGGGGAACAGUUGUAGGAGAAGGAGCAUUGAGGGAAGUAGCUGCAUAUAUAUUGGAUCAUCCUAAGACCGGACCUCGUGGAUUUACCGGUGGGGUGAUGGGGUUUGCUGGUGUACCUCCAACGACCAUGGUUCGAUGCUUGCAUGGAGGAUUCAACUACCCAGAAGGUUUUGAGUUCUCUUUGAAGAAUGUAAAGAUUGGAUCUUUGCAGAUGUUUGUGAAGAAUAAUGGGAGUUGUGAGGACUUAGGCCCUGGGGCUUUCCCUAUGGAGGAGGUGCACAAGAUCAGUGUCUUUGAUAUAAGAAUGGCAAAUGCGGAUAGGCAUGCGGGGAAUAUAUUGAUUGGAGAAGGGAAGGAGGGUCAGACUGUGCUGAUUCCCAUCGAUCAUGGCUAUUGCCUCCCUGAGAAUUUUGAAGACUGUACUUUUGAUUGGCUUUACUGGCCACAAGCCCGUCAGCCUUACUCCGCUAGCACCAUUGACUACAUAAAGUCGCUAGACGCCGAGCAAGAUAUUGCACUCCUGAAGUAUUAUGGCUGGGAUGUUCCUUUGAAGUGUGCCCGGACACUUCGUAUAUCCACCAUGCUACUGAAGAAAGGCGUAGAGAAAGGCCUCACGCCCUUUACAAUCGGUAGCAUCCUGUGUAGAAAAACUGUGAACCAGGAAUCUGUUAUAGAGGGGAUUGUUCGUGAAGCUGAGGAUACAAUGCUUCCUGGCAUGAACGAAACUGCAUUUCUUGAAGCAGUUUCUCAGAUCAUGGAUUCCCGACUCGAGAAGAUCACGGAAUAAUUCCAUUCAUCCGAUGAUACCAUAUGUAUACAUAUAACAUACAUAUGUAUUUUUGUAUGUGAAAUCAGAUGACAAGGUCCAUUUUUUGAUGGACUGCAGGCUGUACAGAAUGCAGAUGGCCUAUUAUUAACACUAUUAGCCUGAAGCUUUCCACUUUUCUUCUUGUUCAACCAACCCGAACCUGGCCUCUGUAGUAUUAUGAAAAUGGCCACAAGUUUCAGUCAAUAAUAUGUAUUUUUAAGCUCCUGUA